UUCUUCUCAGUACAAGGUCUCCCGGCGUAGAUUUACAAAUCGAUUGCGUAGCUUCUAGACAUUCAUGAGUGCUUGUAACAGCCCAAAUUGAAUAAAUGAUUAUAAAUCAUGCUCGGUUUUACUCGAUAACCUUGCUUGGCUUGUAUCAGAUAGGUCAUGAGCAAGCAUCCUGCGGAAAUCUGCGCAACGGUUUUUUGUAGAUAUCACAACACCGUCAUAUCAUUUAAAUAUACAUAAUAUACUUAUUGGUAGGUAUUUGUAUCAAUAAAAUACUGAAAAUAGAAUAAAAUUUUACAAAUACUACAACCCUGCAAAUGCAUGCAAGUCCACUUUGUUCUUGCUUGACCGUUUUAGGGUUACAUGCCCAAAGAGUAAAAACGGACUGUCGUCUGUCUGUCUGUCCGUAUGUCCCGGGUUUCUAGAUCGUAAACGGAAUGAGUUACAGAACUGAAAUUAUGAAGCAUGCUUGCCUCAAGACGAAUAUUUAAUUAGAAAUAAAAUAAAAAUAUUUUUCCUAUACAUAAAAAGGAGACGAUUUUUUAACCCAGCAUGUGACACAUCAUUGCCUAGAGAUAAAAUAUAAAUAUAUUUUUUAUUAUAUUUUAUUUUCAAGAAAUGGGGGGCUGUUUUUAAACACUAAACAAUGAUUUUACGAAACCCUAAUAGAGCGUGGUUUAGACUUGCGCUUGAUUAGUUUUUUUAUUUGGGCAUUUAUAUAAUAACGAAUGUAGUGAACAUCUAUGUAAGAAAAGAAAAAGGGUGCUAUUACAAUAAAAAAUUUAGGUACUUUCCCGGCAUUUUGGAAAUAUGCUGAAGCAAAGUACUUAAGUUAAUGUCGACGUAAUAACCCAGGUUUUGAGCAGAAGGAAAUUCCGGUUUCGGUGCAAUGUUUGCAAUUGAAUUAAGUAGCUAUUUCUUCAAAUUGUCUUGUUACUCAUUUAUAUCUUACAUUAAUUCAAAAGGAUUUAUUGUCUGAGGUUUAUUUAAUUAGUGAACAAUAAGGCUAUAUAAGUAAUUUGCAGUCUAGUCGCUGGUCGGUUGUCUCCGAGAGCGACUGUGAUUCAUUUGUUGUCUCCAUAAUAUUGCUUUGUAUUUAUUUAUAAUUACAAAUACGCCGCGAGUUAAACGCAAUUAAAAGCUUUUGUGUAACAAAAGAAGUUAGCUCCAAUUAGUAAUAUAGUUAUUAAGAAAGUUAAUAAUAUAAAGUUAAUUACAUGACAAGUAUUAUGUUACGAAUAAGUGUGAUAUUUUUUUACAUGGUGCCUGUAGUGUUCGUGGGUGCACAUACUCGUAGAUUUAUACCUAUUGUGACUACAGAUGAACUGGAUAACUAUAUUAGUCCAGAAGAUCUCAAGGAGUUCAUGAAGAUGUUUAACGAGACACAGACUCAGAGGCCACCAAAGACUGAAGUUGUCAGUUAUCUUGAGGAGAUUAAAACAUCGAUUCCCGACUUAGUGGGAUGUUUCGGAUUUGGAUCUCUUACAACGCAGAUACAAGCAAUGUUUAAUAUGAGACCAGAUUCAUCGGACCUUAUAAACACUCAUUUCUACUUCUCCUCAAGAAGACAACCAUUGCGAGCUCAGGUUUUUCCGGGUGAACAGUUCGGAUUAGAGUGGACUGAUUUUGACGCAGCCAGGAAGACGGUGUUGAUUGUUCAUGGAUUCUUGAGUCACAGCAACUCUUCAUGGGUCCUCGACAUGACAAAGGCAUUCCUGAAAUGGGCAGAUGUGAAUGUGAUAGCGGUUGACUGGAGUGCGGGUGGAAACACAUGGAAGUACUGGAGAGCGGUGGCCAACACGCGACAAGUUGGCUCUGAUAUCAAGAAGUUUCUACUCCAGCUGAAGGAAGCGACAGGCACUCGGUUCAAAGAUUUCCAUUUUGUAGGGCACAGUCUCGGCGCCCAUAUUUGUUCGUAUGCAUCGCAACACUUGGGAGGUGUUGCCAGAAUCACUGGCUUAGAUCCGGCACAGCCGUGCUUCAAUGCGGCAGACAAAGAUGAAAGGUUGGACCAAACUCACGCAGAUUUCGUCGACGUCAUCCAUACUAACGGCAGGUUGCUUCAGAAGGUUGGAUUUGGUCUACCUGAACCCACAGGUCACGCGGACUUUUAUCCCAACGGUGGCAUGAAACAGCCCGGCUGUCACAACAAGACGAAAUCAUCGUGGUCCAGCUACAUACCUUUUGCCGAUAAACUACAACGAGCUAUAUGCGACCACGGACGUGCGUACGUUUUAUUUACGGAAUCUUUGAUAUCUAACAAUAACUGUUCAUUCAGAGCUCAUCGAUGGAACUUAACAUAUGAAGGGGUGAACUCAAGUCUGGUAGCCGCGUGCGACAGGCGAGGUUCUUGCGCCGAGAUGGGAAUCAACGCAGUGGGACGAGACGGUAUAAUGCGAGCUUCCGGCCAGUACUUCGUGCUUACCACUGAACAGCCACCCUAUUGUCCUACGGAAGUCGAAAGGAGGCAUCCUCGCGCGGAAUUGCUACGAGACCUACUGCAUGGAUUUCGUCUGACCCGCAAUGCAACUGUUGAGAAUACUACGCCUAGGUCUGAUUACGCUGACCCGAUGGCCGUGGACAAUGACGUCACAACUACCACGAAAAGCAGUUGGUUCGGAAGGUGGUUCGGCUGACGGUCAAACCCUGGUCAUAGUCAUAACUAGUUUGAAAUAAAUUAUCUCUUUUUAUUAUUGCUAUAUCAACAAUGUUUUAUUUCGUUCGUUGCCCGUGGUCUAUGUGAUAUACAUAUUAUCAUGGAGGAGUAAUACGCCUAUGUUAUGGUUAGUUUAAACCUUAAUGUUUUGAAAAUGAAACAGUGACAAAAUCUUAUUUUGGACUAGUUAUCAAACCAUAUUUUAUUUAUUUCCAUUUUUAUAACCAUAUCCUGGUACUUUCUAGAAAUAAUGCGCGGCCGUCAAGCGUAAGCCUAUUUCAUGUAAAAACAAUGUUUUUAAUGUCCUCCUCCUUGUGUCGUGCUCCUCAUUGCUGAGGGUCGUGAUCUCCACGAAUUAUUUUGUGGACGAUCGCUUUCCACUUGUUGCGGUCUUCGGCAGUGUGGAGUGCAUCGCGGUCUCCAGUUUUGGUAUUGUCGCGGAUCUGGUCUGUCCAGCGCAUGGGGCUUUUUCCUCUCGGUCGCCUUUCCUGUACUUUUCCUGUCACCAGGAGCACUUCCAGCGUAUCGUUUUUCUUCCUUGCUAUGUGACCGAAGAAUUCGAGGAUUCUACGCAAACAGAAUUUGGACAGCCUAACGGUGACUCCCACUUCUUUAAGAUAUGACGCAUUUGUGCAGUGGGCUGUCCACGGAACUCGUAACAUUCUCCUACAACAUCACAUCUCAAAUGCGUCGAUACGAGAUCUGUCUGCCUUCUUGAGGGUCCAUGUUUCCGCACCGUCGGUGAAUAUGGAGAACACCAGAGUUUUCACCAGGUCAACCUUGGUCUUUUGUGAGAUCGAUCUAUCUGUCCAGAUCUUGCCUAGCCGGGUCAUCGCGCUCUUUGCCAUACCAAUCUGCUUCCGAACAUCCGGUUCCCGUUAUCCGCAUACAUACAUGGUAGAGCCAAGGUACACAAAACAGUCCACAUACUGGAGAUCGAGUCUCCCAUUGAGCUCCAGUUGUUUUGCUCGGUCUAUGAUCAUGACUUUGGUUUUUGAUUUGUUGAUCGAAAGGCCAAGUUCUCCACUCGCUCGUUCCAAUCGUUCCAGCAGUUUUCGAUCUCAGCUUCAUCAGUUGCAACGUUUUUGAUGUAGGAAAGUUACCAAAUUCGGGACACUUUAGCAUAUUCCUUAUUCAAUAUUCAAUCAUGACAUAUAAAUACUUAUUGUUAGUUAAUAAGUUACGUUAACUUGAUAGAUUUGAACACUGUUUCACAUUUCUACCACUCCUAAUCAUGCACAAUCUUAACGCCUUGGGCGCACGAUAACGAAACAAACAAUCCAAACGAUCGCAAAGUUUGUGUCUAACUCGAUCUCCCAUGGCCAGAUACACAAGAAAUGUCUUGAACUGAUAUCCGACUGUCGCUUCAACGGCGCUGAGUUUCCAUGCUGCGAAAGGUUCCAACCGGUCGACUCUGAACACGGACACUGCUACACCUUCAAUACUUUGCAAAGCGCGUGAGUGAGCAACCUAAUUCCGUUGUCAGUGACGUAAAACGAUAAACAACUGUAAGCCACGAUGCGUCGAUAAAGAUACUACUUUUACGAUUUAAAGUACUGACACAUAGACAAAGGCAGGGCCGGCCAGGGGAGGGGGGUUUUAUGGGACAAUGCCCUACUUUAAAAUACCAUACCAUUGUCUUACCUUAAAACGGUUAUUGGCUGCUAAUCUUAAGUCUGUAAUUGCCGCUGCGCUAUAUAAAUUAUAUCUCUAGCUGGACAGAAGGCGUAGGUGGCGAUUGCUGAUGUUAAAGAAGCAAAGUUGUGUGUUAAUUGUCUAAGCGACACUGCAGACUCAGCAUGAAAUUGGUAGAAAGAGUGGACGCGAUGGCAAUGGAUAGCAAGGGAACGCUUAGUCCGUCCGAGUGGUUGUGAAAACUGGCGUGUGUAGAUUUUACAAUAACAUACGAGUAGAUAAGGCUUAUCUUUAUAGAUCUAUAUCUACACACACAUUUUUACACA